GGCCCGACUCCGGCGCGCGCGCGGCGGAGGACGAGGAAGAGCUGGGGCGAGGCAGAUCUUGCCCCGCGACCGCGGCCGUCUUGUUGGCCCCAGGAGGCUCCCGGGAAUGCCUGUCCGUGCGAUGCUGCCCUAUGUGAUGCUCACCUUCCGGCGCCUGGGCUGUGCCUCGGCCUCCUGCCGGCUGGCUUCUGUGAGACACAGAGGAAGUGGCCUUCUGCACACAGCCCCAGUGACCCGCUCGGACAGGAGCGCCCCCGUGUUCACCCGCGCCCUGGCCUUUGGGGACAGAACCGCCCUGGUUGACCAGCAUGGCCACCACACGUACAGGGAGCUUUAUUCCCGCAGCCUUCGCCUGUCCCAGGAGAUCUGCAGACUCCGCGGGUGUGUCGGCGGGGACCUCCGGGGGGAGAGGGUCUCCUUCCUGUGCGCUAACGACGCCUCCUACGUGGUGGCCCAGUGGGCCUCGUGGAUGAGCGGCGGUGUGGCAGUCCCCCUCUACAGGAAGCACCCCGCCGCCCAGCUGGAGUAUGUCAUCUGCGACUCCCAGAGCUCUGUGGUCCUUGCCGGCCAGGAGUACCUGGAGCUCCUGAGCCCAGUGGUCAGGAAGCUGGGGGUCCCGCUGCUGCCGCUCACGCCAGCCGUCUACACUGGAGCAGUAGAGGAACCAGCAGAGGUCCCCGUCCCAGAGCAGGGGUGGAGGGACCAGGGCGCCAUGAUCAUCUACACCAGUGGGACCACAGGGAGGCCCAAGGGCGUGCUGAGCACGCACGGAAACAUCAGGGCUGUGGUGACCGGGCUGGUCCGCAAGUGGGCAUGGACCAAAGACGACGUGAUCCUCCACGUGCUUCCACUACACCACGUCCACGGUGUGGUCAAUGCGCUGCUCUGUCCUCUCUGGGUGGGAGCCACCUGUGUGAUGAUGCCUGAAUUCAGCGCCCAGCAGGUUUGGGAAAAGUUCUUAAGUUCUGAAAUGCCACGGAUCAAUGUCUUCAUGGCAGUGCCUACAAUAUACACCAAGCUGAUGGAGUACUAUGACAGGCAUUUUACCCAGCCGCACGCCCAGGAUUUCUUGCAUGCAGUUUGUGAAGAAAAAAUUAGGCUCAUGGUCUCAGGCUCAGCUGCCCUGCCCAUCCCGGUGCUGGAGAAGUGGAAGAACAUCACGGGCCACACCCUGCUGGAGCGGUACGGCAUGACUGAGAUCGGCAUGGCUCUGUCCGGGCCCCUGACCGCCACAGCACGCCUGCCAGGUUCUGUGGGGACCCCGCUGCCCGGAGUACAGGUGCGCAUUAUCUCAGAAAAGCCACAAAAGGAAGGCUGUUCCUACACCGUCCACGCAGAGGGAGACGAGAGGGGGACCAAGGUGACCCCAGGGCUUGAAGAGAAGGAGGGGGAGCUGCUGGUGAGGGGACCCUCCGUGUUUCGAGAGUACUGGAAUAAACCAGAAGAAACUAAAAGUGCAUUCACCCUGGAUGGCUGGUUUAAGACAGGGGACACCGUGGUGUUUAAGGACGGCCAGUACUGGAUACGAGGCCGGACCUCAGUGGACAUCAUCAAGACUGGAGGCUACAAGGUCAGCGCCCUGGAGGUGGAGUGGCACCUGCUGGCCCACCCCAGCAUCACAGAUGUGGCGGUGAUUGGAGUUCCGGAUAUGACAUGGGGCCAGCGGGUCACUGCUGUGGUGACCCUCCGAGAAGGACACUCACUGUCCCACAGGGAGCUCAAAGAGUGGGCCAGAGAUGUCCUGGCCCCGUACGCCGUGCCCUCGGAGCUCGUGCUGGUGGAGGAGAUCCCGCGGAACCAGAUGGGCAAGAUUGACAAGAAGGCACUCAUCAGACGCUUCCACCCCUCAUGACCCGCGCACCAGGGGCUGGGCACUCGGACUGCGGGUCUGGCGGGGAGCAGCAGACGUCUCCCUCACACCGAGCACCGCGGGGGCCUGUCCGAGACCUGGCCUCCCUUAAGCCUGAAUGCCCCAAAUCAGGUCACGUAGAACAAAAACUGUUUGGGAUGAAAUCACCACGUGAGGUCCCCAGCCUUGGGCCAGUUGUUGCAGCUCAAGGAGACCGUCCCUGAUGUCACCUCUGCCUGGUCACCGCCGACCUCACGGCCGGCCCCACGUGCCCACGUCUGCCUGGUCACCACCGACCUCGCGGCCGGCCCCACGUGCCCACGUCUGCCUGGUCACCACCGACCUCGCGGCCGGCCCCACGUGCCCACCCCUGCCUGGUCACCACCGACCUCGCGGCCGGCCCCACGUGCCCACGUCUGCCUGGUCACCACCGACCUCGCGGCCGGCCCCAGUGCUCAGGCUCCUCCCGCCCCACAGUGCUCUGCAGUUGCAGGCUCUCCAGGGCGGGUCCCGGAGGUGUCCCCCAAAAAAGAAAUAAAGACUCCACUGGAGGAAAC